UUUUUCAGUUCUUUGGUGGCAUAUUUCAAGUGAAUUCCGUUGAUUCGAAAGCUAACAUAUCAAAAAAUAUCAGUAAAAGAGAAGGGAUGGAGCAACUGAAUCCAAAUAUGGUGAAUGAUCAAAUUCAUGAAAGUAAAAUAGCUGAUGGAAUUGGAGAUGAUGAUAGUUUAAAUCGGGUGUCCAUGAAUAACAUAGGAAACAUGAAAAUAGGUACUUCAGUACAUGAGGACUCUAGGAACCCAGCUUAUGAUCAGCUUGGAGAUGAAAUACUAGGGGGUGAUUCUAGAAAUGUGGAAGAACCACGAAUGGGCAAUGAGAAAUCUGUGGAGCCAAUGAGAAACAUUAGGAAACUACUUGAAAACGAGGAGUAUUAUAAUCAGAGCAAUACAACCAAGUUCAUGAACAAGAUGGGAUGUGGGUCUAGAAAGGAAGUGCAGGUAUCUGUAGAGAGUUUCCGUGAUCAGUUGGAUGUUGGGUUCAAUGUCAGACCGGGGAAGGUUGAGUCCAAGACAUCUGGUAUGGAACAUAAGACUUACUUGGAAGAAGAAAAAAAGUUCACAAGGUCCAAUGCUGCUGACACAAGCAAUGAAAAUAACGUUGAGAAUGAGAUGCCCAGGUUUGAUUUGAGAGAAACACCGGAGAAUUUGGAAAAUGUUUCCGAACUAGGAAACCGUCAAUCUAGAUGCAAUAUGGAAGAGGGUUCGGCGUCAUCUUCAACAUCUGCAAAGAUAUCGGAAGAUGUAGUGUUUGACCGACAUCUGCUGGAGGCUACUAACCUCCUAAAGCAAGCUAGGGAAUGCUUGAAGGGUAAAGUUGAUGAAGAAAGGGCUGAGGUUGUACUGUACAAGUCGGCUAGAUUACUCUCGAAAGCCUUAUGUUUGAAACCCAUGAGCUUACUAGCUGUUGGUCAACUAGGGAACACUUUCCUUCUUCAUGGUGAGCUCAAAUUAAAGAUUAGUCGUGAGCUGAGAACUCUCUUAUCAACAGGUGAUUCCUUCUCUAGGGAGAAAAUGUAUAGGGUAGAACCCGAGGGACAUGAUAAUCAAGUCAUGAGCCGAGAUAAGAUUACCUCUACUCUUAUUGAUGUGUGUGAAGAGUGUGAAGAACUCCUUGUUGAAGCUGGGAGAAAGUACAAGAUGGCCAUAUCCAUCGACGGGAAUGAUGUGAGGGCACUUUAUAACUGGGGUCUUGCUCUUUCUUAUCGUGCUCAGUUGAUUUCAGAUAUCGGGCCGGAAGCGGCUUAUGAUGCUGACAAGGUGUAUCUGGCCGCAAUCGAUAAAUUUGAUGCUAUGAUGUCCAAGAGCAAUGCAUAUGCGUCUGAUGCUCUAUUCCAAUGGGGUAUGGUAUUGCGUCAAAGAUCUCAACUUCGGCCAAGAUAUAGCAAGGAAAAGCUAAAGCUGUUGCACCAGGCAAGAAGACUCUUUGAAGAUGCUCUUUCUAUGGACUCUGACAAUCGUCAAGUAAAAGAAGCAUUAUCAUCUUGUAUAUCUGAACUCAGCUUUAGAAACUUAUAAGCCAUUUGAACCCACAAAAGGUUGAGCUAGUCAGAAAUGUUGAAGUUGCUGCAUUAAAAGUAAAAGGUAAUUCCAUUUCUAGCUUGUUUAACCGCCCAAAACAAAAGAUAAACAUAGAGACAGUGAGUCUGAUUCUCAAGUAGGAGAUCAGCAGUUCGAGUUUCCGCUCAAACAUUGGAGAUUUCGUGUAAUUAUUACUAACUUACUGUGGGGAAGGGGGCCGAGUUUGCUCAGGGGGAGUAAGCCGGUGUCUACGCUGCCAGAGGGCAGGACGGGCCUAUGCCUAGUUUCAAAAAAAAAAAAAAAAAAAAAAAAAAAA